CUCCAACCAUUUCUUCCCUCCUUCUUCUUCUUCCUUCCAUACUACCCAUCAUUCAUCCUCAGAAUAAUCGACAAAGAAAAGAUAAAUCAGUAAUCUCUAAGCUCCGAUGUCCAUGGAGGCCGUGCCCUUGCCGCCGGCCGAGAAGCCGAUAGAGCUCAGGGCGGUGGAGGCCCUGGGGAAAGGCUUCGACCUCAGCAGCGACUUCAGGCUGAAGUUCGCCAAGAGCGCCGGCGGCAGGCUGGUCGCGCUCGACGACCGGAACAAGAGGGACAUUGUAAUUCCCUCCGGCGGCGCCGGCGUUACCGUUGCUGGUGUCUCCGAGGACAUUCGGGUCGAUAGAGGCGACCGGAUUCGGUUCAAGUCCGACGUCCUUGAGUUCAAUCAGAUGUCAGAACUGCUUAAUCAGAGAUCUUCAGUACCAGGAAAAGUGCCUUCUGGCUAUACCAAUGCUCUCUUUGAUUUGAGUGGAGAUUGGCUCCAUGAUGCCACAGACACCAAGUAUCUUGCUUUUGAUGGUUACUUCAUCUCCUUGUACUACUUGCACCUAACAGCAUCUCCACUGGUGCUCCAAGAUGAAGUAAAGAAUUCAGUACCGCCUCGUUGGGAUCCAGCUAUGUUAUCCAGGCAGGUUCAUUUGUACAUAUGGCACGCACAUAAUUGUAGGGAUGGCAAUUGGAGGUCAGGAUGUUAUUUGUGUUAGACAGAAACAUUCGUCGACGAUUGCUCCUGCCGAUAUCAGAAAGCAUUUAGAGGAUCUUGGAGAUUUUCUCUUUUCAGAUAAAAGAAGUCCAUCACUGAUGCAGAGAAAUGCGAGAGAUGGCAAACAAAAGGUACCCGAGGUUUUCAAUAGGAUUCUGCAGUCAAACACCAUGCAACUGACCAGCAUAACAGAAACAUCAAGCAAGGAGGGGCUUACCAUUGUUUGUUCAAAAAGAGGAGGGGAUGUGUUCUCUCACAGUCAUUCUAACUGGCUACAAACAGUACAUGCAAAACCAGAAGCAAUCCUCUUUAAGUUUGUGCCAAUUACUUCUCUUCUUACUGGGGUCCCUGGCAGUGGCUAUCUUAGUCAUGCUAUCAACUUGUAUCUACGAUACAAGCCUACCCCAGAGGAUCUACAAUACUUUCUGGAGUUCCAGGUGCCAAAGCAGUGGGCACCUAUGUUCUCUGAGUUACCUCUACGGCAUCAAAGGAAGAAGGCCUCAUCCCCAUCUCUGCGGUUCAGCUUUAUGGGACCCAGGCUUUUUGUUAGUUCUGCCCAGGUUUCAAGUGACAAAAAACCGGUGGUAGGGUUGCGUUUGUAUCUAGAAGGGAAGAAAUGCAACAAGCUGGCUAUACAUAUCCAGCAUCUCUCAAGCCUUCCAAACCUCAUGAACACAGCAUCAUCCAACACUGCCUCCAUCUCCAGACCAUGCCAAUGGCAAGGCUCCGACCAGUAUCCAUCCAGCGCCCAAUUCUUGGAACCUGUGAGGUGGAAGAGAUACUCAAAGAUCUGCACUUCCGUGGUCAAGCACGACCCAACCUGGCUCCAUGAUGGAGGAGUUUUCGUAGUAACCGGCGCACAGCUCCUAAGCAAAGGCAAAUGGCCCAACUCAGUACUCCACUUGCGCCUGUUGUUCACACACUUGCCCCACUGCAGCAUCCGGAAGACCGAAUGGGCAGCCGUCCCAGAAGGGCCUCACAAGACGAGCAUCCUCACGAAUAUCAGCACCACAUUCACAUUCACUCAACGAACACCACCUGGCCAGGACAAACAGGCUGCUGCUCCGGCUGCCCUUAAUUCUGGAGUGUAUCCAGAUGGUCCUCCGGUUCCAGUGAGCUCGAGGAAGCUUCUCAAGUAUGUGGAGACAGCUGAGAUUGUUCGCGGUCCCCAUGACACACCGGGACAUUGGUUGGUGACAGCCGGUAAGCUAGUGGUCGACGGCGGGAAGAUUGGGUUGCACGUGAAGUUCGCGCUGCUGGACUAUCCAGAUUGUUAGGAUUUGAGUAUGUGUGCAUAAUAUAGUAAUGGUGCAUAAUUUUUGUUUCUUUUUGUUGUAUGAUAAAUUGAUUUGAGGUAUACAAACGUUUGGUGCACCCAUAAAUGCUCUACCAAAAAAACUACAUUACAGAGAAGGCGCAGUGACUAGUUCGUAAACUUGCUGUAUACACAACUGAAGGAAUUGACGAACAAUCAAUACAUCAUAUAAUCAACCUUGUUGGCUCUCCUUUCGUCAAACAUAUCACCAUUGAAGAUGAAUCCAUGGGUGUACUAUUCUCUUUGAUACCUUCGUGAUCAAGCAUAAAUCCAUCCAGUACCAGUCACAUGUUCUCAUGGAACCCGUUCCAGAACAUGUUGCAACGCCUUUUUUAUGCCUUCUUGAUCAAGUGUUGUAGUCAAUUGGAUUUCCUGCACCUGUAUCACAACCAAGAUCUCAUCAUGAUUCAUGAGGCAGGAAGGCUUGUGUGGAUCAAUUGAGU